AUGGCCAAUACCACGAUACCAUCCGCCGAUGCUCUACAUGUCAACCCUCCGUCGAUCGUGGGUCCUAUUUUUAUUGGACAGAGUUUGAACUGGGCGCUUUUUGGAACGCUGGCUGUUCAAUUAUAUAUAUUCGAGAAAAGCAGGCAACACACGACCUACCCCCUUUGGAUGAGGACCUUAGUCUGGUCCAUUUUCGUCGUAGAUGCGAUACAAACUGGAUUCAUGAUCCAGUAUUCCUGGUUCUACUCCGUGGACAUAUGGGGCGACGUCGUCACUCUUGCUACCCGCGUGCCCACGAGUGCGGGUCUUCUGACCUUCUUCGACGGUCUCAUUGCUUUGAUGGUGCAAUCUCUCUAUGCAUGGCGGAUAUGGGUUCUGGCUCGAUCUCGGACUUUGCGGGCCCUGGCAUCCAUUGUCGUUUUGCUCUCUUUGAUGCAAUUUGGCGCAUCCAUUCAAGUUCCAAUUGUGAAUGUAAGGGUUCACGGCAGUACAGUCGGUUUCGCCCAGAUUCGUGCCAGUGUCGAUGUCUGGCUUAUUGGCGGCUUUACUGGAGAUAUCAUAAUCGCCGGUUGUAUGAUAUACGUGCUGUAUCGGGCUCGGUCACAAACAACCUGGUUACAGUCUCAGACGUUGUAUGAUCGCCUCAUCGCCAACACUGUGCAGACGGGACUCUUGACUAUGGUUGUCGCUGGUCUCACUCUAGCGCUAUGGAAGAUCUACCCGGUAGAUCUUAUCUAUGUCACGCCUGGUAUGAUCUUAGGAAAAUUGUAUUCGAAUAGCUUCCUCUCUGCGCUCAAUAGUCGCACGUUUCGCGAGGAUAACUCGGUACAAGACUCGUCAGAGCUUCCAACUCAUCAGCGAUCGGGCCUUUCAAGGUUAUGGGCACCGAAAGGGCGAAGCACAACGACUUCUGGCACAGGUUCGACAGGCAUUCAUGUUCACGUCCUCCGGGAUCGCGAGCGUCACGUCGACGGUGCGUCUAGCGGAUGUCUCUCUGUGGCAAGCCGCGGUUUAGGCGGCCAUGACGAACCUCGUCGUGCGAAUGACCGGAAGGAAACCGUCACUUCUGACGGUACAGGGAGUGAAGAACGGGUGAUUGAGCUAUCGACUUUCUCCAAUAUUCCUGUUUCAGAUGAUACUGUGAAGACAUGUAUAUAG